AUGCUGCCCGCCGCUGACGCCUCCGGCGCCCGUCAUCUACUCCGUGCGCUUCUCCGCGAGUGCACCUACCUCCCCGACCCAGCCGCCCGUCUCUACGCCCAUCACCAGGUUGUAAGCCGCUUUCUCGAUUACCAUCCGCUGCAAUUGGAGGGUGGCUAUUAUAAGGACCCCUCGGAUAACCCGGCACUCUCACCGCGGCGCCUACGCGGCGCUCUGCAAAAUGCGCGGAAGAGUCUCAACUUUCUGCGCCGUGCCAAUGAGGGCGAGAUGGCGCCUCUCCAGCAGCUUCUACUACUGACCUACGGGCGCACUGGCAAGCGGCGGCACGAGCUGAUGCGCACGUUGCUCACUCCGGACACAAUUAGCGAGAGCGAAGCCGUUGAAUUGUGGCAGGCAGAGGUCGAGGCAACACUCGAUCCAUCUAAAGCCAUCACCGGGAUCCCAAGGGCCGUAGAGGAAGCCCCGAGGCGUGAGGGCCGGCCCCACAAGUACAAGAUUUCUCCACGCUACUCUCAACUCCGCGCUCUUUUGGAGAGUCAGAUGUCCGAUGCACGUCCUAUAGAGAUGAGGAGAGCGAAGCUGAAAUCGGCACAUCUGGAAGUGCCGCUGACCAACAUUUGGAUGCGCCCAUUCCCGCGAAAGCGUGAAGUAAACAUGGUGCAUAAGUGGUAUGCCACAGUGCUGGACAAGGUUCUUCCUCCGCUACCCGAAGACGAAUGGGAGAGGCUUAGAGAUCUGGUAUCGGGUGCGCGCAAGUGGAGCGGCUUGAAGCGCAGGAGACCCGGUGUGCCAACUCACAUGAGCACCUACGAUGUGGCUAAGCUGGCCAAUGUUGGUGGUACUGCAGGAGAACGUUUCUUGUCUCUUGCUUGUCGAGAGCACAUGUUGCCAGAACAUGGCUCCAAAGCAGAUAUGCUGCUUCGACUGUCGACGACGGCAAGCACUCGAUUUCAAGCCGCAGAUCGGUGGCUCACACAAGGAUCUGCUAAUCCAGAUGUGCUGGCUUCUUUACUGCAGGACGAGCUGGAGAUGAAGCGUCUCCCAAGGCAGUCGCCCGGUAGACGCCGAGCACAAAAUAUUACGCCGCGUCUCAUGCGUCACAUUUGGGCCAAGGUCUUCUCCCAAUGCCCCGUUCUUCGUUGGAACGAGCAAAAUAAGGGUUGGAUAGUUGAGUGGGGGACAUGGGAGCAUUUACAGCGAGAGCCUGAAGCCGUCUGCCACAACAAGUCACUGUUCGAGGGUGUGGACGAAAGAGGAAGAACACCGCAAGCAGUCGGUAUUUCAGAAGCUAGAAGCCCACAGGCGGAGCCGCACUCGGAAAUACGAUAG